AUGACAAGCGAAACUACAAACGGGGGCAACCAUCGUCCCCGAAUCCUUUUCCUCGACGCAUUCGACUCCUUCUCCAACAAUAUCACCUCCCUGCUCACAACCCUCCUCGAUGUCGAAGUCUCUGUCCUGCCCAUCGACUCGCCGCUUCUCAUACCUUCCCCUUCCAGCACCAACGAUGAUACUGUUCUGCAAAACUUCGCCCGUCUGCUAUCCCACUACGACGCCCUCGUCUGCGGUCCCGGCCCCGGUUCCCCCACCAUCCCCUCCGACGUCGGGCUGAUGCGUCUUGUCUGGCACUUGCCCGAGAAAGAUUUGCUCCCCGUGCUGGGGGUAUGUCUCGGGUUCCAGAGCUUGGUGCAUGCCUUUGGCGGAGAGGUGCGUCGGCUACGGUACGGCGGACUGCACGGCAUGAUCAGGGAGGUCGUUCAUUCUAAGGGAGACGUUUUCACCGGUGUAGGGGGGUUUAGGGCAACGUUGUAUCAUAGUUUGUGCGGGGACGUUGGGCAAGAUCAUGAGGAAGAGGGGGAUGAUUGGAGAUGGAAGCCGUUAAAGAGAUGUCCGGAGUUGGUCCCGCUUGCGUGGGCGGAUGAGAAGAAUGAUUCAGGAGAAGAGAGGAUAUUGAUGGCUGUCAGGCACAGGAAGAAGCCAUUUUGGGGCGUGCAGUACCAUCCCGAGUCGGUUUGUACGGAGAAGGAGGGGAAUAAAGUUAUCGUGAACUGGUUCCGGAGGGCGAUGGAGUGGAAUCGGGAACGGGGAAGGGUCAGGGUUGAGUCAGAGGAGAGGUUGGCUAGGGCAGCCAAACGGCCGAGUUUGCUUUCGCAGCUGCCGACCUCGGUCAAUGGGAGGAGGGUAAAUGGUUUGGCGCAAUGGUGGGAGCUUGUCGGCAUUGAUCCGGUACUGCAUACCCGGACAAUCCCCUUGCCGCGUGGGGUGCAGGUGACGGAUAUCGUCGAGGUUGUUGAGCCAGAUGCCCUGGAGAGAAUUGUGCUCGACUCGGCAAAUGCUUCGCCCACGAUAUCCAGACCCGACGUGCGUGGAAGGUUUAGCAUCAUCGCUACCUGCCUUGGUGAAGCUGUUAGGAUUGAGUAUCAUACGGGCGAUGACUCCGCGAUAGUCAGGACAGGUGCUCUCAGGGGAAAUACCGCUGGUGGCAGGAGAGAGAGGGUCCCUCUUGCGAAGUUUAGAGGGAUUUGGGGGUUUCUGGCCGCUUUCCAUGAGCGGAGGAGCAUCCAUGGCGAUGAGGUCGCCGCUGAGGAGAGUACACCAUUUGUGGGAGGUUUUAUGGGCUACAUCACGUACGAGCAGGGUCUGGCCGACAUUAAUGUAGCCCUAGACGAGUUUCGUAAGCACCAUCGGCCGGAUGUGUGCCUGACCUGGGUUACCAAGAGCGUUGUCGUCGACCACACCCUCGGGCUUAUCCAUAUCCAACAUCUCCAGGGCCGUGGUGAUAACGAUACAGACAAUUGGCUUGACGGGACAGUAGAGAAGCUCCUUUCCCUGGAAAACACCCGCCCGAGGUCCUCACUCAAAGAGGGCUAUCAACAGAAACAGCGACCCCAGCCCUGGAGCACCACGAUCCAGACCCCCCGUACAAAGGAAUACGAAGAAAAAGUCCGCAUCUGCCAAGAGUACAUUGCCGCCGGCGAGUCCUACGAGCUCUGCCUCACCGACCAAACAACAAUCACCCGUCCUCUGAGCGACAGACCCUUAACAGUAUCAACAAACCCCAAAACUAUCCCAAAGCAGCCUUAUUCAUCAUCAUCCUGGAUCCUUUUCAAACACCUCCGGGCCCGUCAACCUGCCCCCUUCGCAUCCUACCUCCGUUUGGGCGCCGCAACCCUCGUCAGCGCUUCCCCCGAGCGCUUCCUGACUUACUCCCGGUCCGGGCUCUGCUCGAUGAGGCCGAUGAAAGGCACAGUUCGGAAGUGUCCCGAUACGUGUGCCACUCUAGCCGAUGCGGAGCGUAUCCUGCACGUGCCGAAGGAGAUGGCAGAGAACUUGAUGAUUGUCGACCUGGUACGGCACGAUCUUCACGGUGUCUGCGGCGCUGGCAGAGUGAGCGUGCCCGAGUUGAUGAAGGUCGAGGAGUACCAGAGCGUGUUUCAGAUGAUAACCGUUGUGGAAGGGCAGUUGGAUGUUAAGAGGGGUGGGUAUACGGGGCUGGAUGUGCUGGCUGCGAGCUUACCUCCUGGGAGCAUGACGGGGGCGCCGAAGAAGAGGAGUUGUGAGUUGCUGAAGCAGAUUGAAGGGCAUCUGGAGAGGAGUUUGUACUCUGGCGUUGUUGGGUACAUGUGUGCGACGGGGAGGGGCGAUUGGAGCGUGACGAUUCGGAGUUUGUUCCGGUGGGAGGAUGAGAACGUGGUCGUGAAGGUUGGGGAGGAGGAAGUGGUACAUGAAGUGUGGAGGAUAGGAGCUGGUGGUGCUGUUACAGCACUCAGCACGCCUGAGGGAGAGAGGGAGGAAAUGUUUACCAAGCUUGCUGGGCCAUUGCGGGUCUUUGGUGAAGCAAGGUGA